AUGAGUACUGACGGCGCAAGUGUCAUGGUCAAAGUAGGUAAGCUUAUGAAUUGCUAUCAACAACUUUGCUUUGCACAUGGGUUACAAUUAGCUGUGAUCGAUGUUUUAUACAAAAAGAAUGAAGAGAAAGCAGAACAACACCUAGCAACAACACCAACAACAUCUAAUAUAUCAGAUACAGAUGACGAAGACACAACGAAAGAUGAUGAACAAGGAGUUACAGUUACUAUAACGGAUCCUCGUCAUGCAUAUCUUUGUAAUGAAAGCGUAACAAAUCCAAAGAAAUAUCUUGAAAAUGUAAACCGAUCUGAUGAUACAUUUACUAUGCCAAAGAAAAAAGUCAUACGAUCAGAAACGACAAAAAUAUUAGAAAGAGUUAUUCAAGAAGAUACAUCUGAAGAAAACAUAGAAGAAAUAGUAGAAGAGAACUUAGAUUCACCAUCACUAAAGAAAGAUUUGACAUUACAGGAAGAAUUACAAUUACAAAUCCAGCAAGAAGCCACGUGUUAUAGCGUACAUACUAAAAAAGAGAAAGAUUUUUAUAAAGUACUAAAAAAAGAAAUGACAUUUGAAAGCGAUGGAGUCCGAGGAGAAUACUUGUCUGCUAUUCAUGAUUAUUUGCUGACAAUAAAGCCGACAAGUGUAGAAACUGAAAGGGCCUUUUCGGCCGCAGGCUAUAUUUGCAGCUCUAUUAGAAGUCCAACAAAAGUUUUAAUUGAUGUACCGACUACAUCUUACGGUGAACAAGGUGACAAUGUACAGAAACCAUCUUUAGAUAUAUGUGAACUACAAACAGUAAACCUAACUCGUGAAAAUUCUACUGAAAAUGAAAUGCUAUCCAGUUCAGGUGCAGAUUAUAUUGACAUUAUUAAUCACCAGCUUAUAAGAACACCAACAUCAGUAUCAAACCUUUCUUUAAUAUUAGACAAUGUUGAUUUUGUUGCUUCGCCAGAUGGGUAUAUUAUUCAUGCCAAUAAAAGUAAAUCGAAUACGCCGACUCUAUUUGAUUGCACAAUACAGGAAGAUAAUACUAUUUUAAACUCAGAUGAUAAAAACCUCGAUGAAACAUUAGUUCCUAUUGAGAAUAAUAAAGGUUCUGUACAUAGCAUAAUCGAUGUAAAAAAUGUCAAUAUUGAUAUAAAUAAGACUUUAACGCCUCAAAAUAGAUCUAAUUUAAGCCCCAACGAGAUGGUUAUAAUUAUAAAUAGCGAUAAAAGCCCAAGGCAACAAGGUAUAGUGGAGAAUGAAGAUUCUGUAACAUUACAAGUAUUAGGUACAUCUGAAUCAGAAUCACUCACUACAAUUUCAGCAUCAGGGUCACUGCCAAGCAGUUCUAUUGAACCUACUGAUGACGACGAUAACUCUCUCUCUAUCACAAACGACUUAGCCCGUAAGCGACGCCGAAAUGAAAAAGAACGGAUAGCCAAUAAAUCUAAAACUUUAAAAAACUCUGGAAAAGCCUAUGUUGGAUGUCAUUCUAAAAAACAGUUCCUUUCAAAAUCGGUAGGACCUUCUUGUAAAUGCAAAUUGAAAUGUGGUGAAACGUUUUCCUAUAAUAAAAGGAAUGCCAUUUUGGAGACAUUUUAUAAAUUAGGACAGAAUAAAAAUAGAUUUGUGUUUGCCCUUUAUCUGUUUGCUGCUAAUAAGUUCAAACUGGAAAUUGUUCAUCGUUUCUUUGAAUCUGGCCACAGCCAAAAUGAAGGUGAUUCUAUGCAUGCAUGCGUAGAACGAGCAAUGAAAAAUAAACAAAUUUAUACACCUGAUCAAUUAUAUGGUAUAGUUAUGAAUGCUAAACAAACUGGUGAAAAAUACAAAGUCAAGGAAAUGAGGCAAGACAAUUUUUAUGACAUAAAAUCAUUGAUUACUGGACAAAAUUGGCUAAAUAAUGCAAAAGCAACUUCGUCUAUCGCUGAUGACGUGACAUUGGAGCCAGCUUAUAACGGUCCAGUUCCAGUUUCUAAAGCUCUACACGAAGACCUAUCAAGUCUUUGUAGGAUUAACGCCAUACCUCUCCAUUAUCACAGUUUUUACAAUUCGCUGAUAAGCACAAAUAAUACUGAAGCCGCUUUAGAUUUCCCUCAAAUUUCGGCAAUAACCUGGAACUAUACUGCACAUGGUCACGGCAAAGGCGCCGCUGAUGGUGUGGCAGCUGUGAUUAAACGGACAGCAUAUUUUGAAGUGAAUCAUGGCAAAGAUAUAACUACUAUAGACAAAGGAGAAUGCCCAAUUUUGUAUGGGGAUCCG